CAACCCUGCCAUAGGGGGGGGCGGACUACAUUUCCCAGCACACCCCGCGGGCGGGGCGGAGCGGGGACGGCGCCGCUCCCCUUUUGUUGGUGCUGGUGGGGCCUGGAGGGGCGGCCCGGAAUGGGAGACCAGGAAGCGCUGCGGAAAAUCAUCACCACUUUGGCUGUGAAGAAUGAAGAGAUUCAGAACUUCAUCUACUCCCUCAAGCAGAUGCUGCAGAAUGUGGAGGAUAACUCCACUCGAGUGCAGGAGGACCUGGAGGUGGAGUUCCAGUCUCUGUACGCGCUGCUGGACGAGCUGAAGGACAACAUGAUGAUGAAGAUCAAGCAGGACCGCGCCAGCCGCACCUACGAGCUGCAGGCCCAGGUGGCAGCGUGUGCCAAAGCUCUGGAGAGCUCAGAGGAGCUGCUGGAGGCGGCCAACCAGACUUUGGAGACGGCCAACAACCACGACUUCGCCCAGGCUGCCAAACAGAUCAAGGAUAGUGUGACCAUGGCUCCUGCCUUCCGCCUCUCGCUCAAGGCCAAAGUGAGCGACAACAUGAGCCACCUGAUGGUGGAUUUUGCCCAGGAGCGGCGCCUGCUGCAGGCCCUCGCCUUCCUGCCAGUGCCCAGCACCCCCGAGAUCGACCUGACCGAGUCUCUGGUGGCCGAUAACUGCGUGACGUUGUGCUGGAGGAUGCCUGACGAGGACAGUAAGAUCGACCACUACGUGCUGGAGUAUCGCAGGACCAACUUCGAGGGGCCGCCCCGAGCCAAGGAGGAGCAGCCCUGGAUGGUGGUGGAGGGCAUUAAAGGCACCGAAUACACCCUGUCUGGGCUGAAGUUUGACAUGAAGUACAUGAAUUUCCGGGUACGGGCCUGUAAUAAAGCCGUGGCCGGGGAGUUCUCGGAGGCCGUCACUUUGGAGACCAGAGCCUUCAUGUUCCGGCUGGACGCCAGCACCUGCCACCAGAACCUGCGCGUGGAGGAUUUCAGCGUGGAGUGGGACGCCACGGGGGGGAAGGUGCAGGAUGUGAAGGCGAGAGAGAAGGACGGGAAGGGCAGGACGGCGUCACCCGCCAACUCACCCGCCAGGGCUGUGCAGUCCCCCAAGCGGAUGUCAUUGAGCCGUGCGGGCAGGGAUCGCUUCACAGCCGAGUCCUACACUGUGUUGGGUGAUACAUUGAUCGAUGGUGAUGAUCAUUACUGGGAGGUGCGGUACGACCGUGACAGCAAAGCCUUCGGUGUGGGGGUGGCCUAUCGCAGCCUGGGCAAGUUCGACCAGCUGGGCAAGACGUCGGCGUCGUGGUGCCUCCACCUCAACAACUGGCUGCAGGUCAGCUUCAGCGCCAAGCACGCCAACAAGGCCAAGGUGCUGGACGUGCCCGUGCCCGACUGCAUCGGCGUCUACUGCAACUUCAAUGAAGGGUUCCUGUCCUUCUACAACGCCCGCACCAAGCAGUUGCUUCACACCUUCAAGGCGCGCUUUGCGCAGCCGGUGCUGCCGGCCUUUAUGGUUUGGUGCGGCAGCUUCCACGUCUCCUCGGGGCUGCAGGUGCCCAGUGCUGUGAAAUGCCUCCAGAAGAGAAACAGCGCAGCCAGCAGCUCCACGGCCAGUCUGCCCUGAGAGCCCCUGCGACCCCCCCGGGGCACAGCACUGAAUGUACCCAUCACCCCCCAUAACCACAACCCCCCCCCCCCUUUAACCCCAUCACGCUCUGUCCUCGCCGCGCUCUGGGCACUGGGCAGUGGGGAAUGUGGCAGCCCCCCCCCUCGGACCCCCAUGGGAUGCCAGGUUGGGGCGCGGGGCCACCCCUGACCCUCAGGUCCCCCCCCCAUUUGUGCCCCCAGCUCUGGCACAGGGCUGGGCUCGCUGCCCCCCCCGCAGGAAGCUGCUUCUGGCCUUAAUAAAGCGGGAUAGAGGUGUGA